CGGCUUCGGGCUCCAAAACUUUCUAACAUCUCUCUCUCUUUCGAUUCAAAGCCCUAAAUAAUCAGAAGAAGAAGAAGAGAAAAGAUGGAGAUGGAGAUGGCUCCAAAGUGAAUCGGAAACUUUGUGUCCGAAUUGAGAUUAAUUUCGACUGUUUCUUGGAAAUCUAAUAAAGAUUGAUAGAGCCAAAAUGUCUAUGGCUACUCGUAUUCACUUAAACUCUCUCUCUCUCUCUCUCUUGUGUAGCUCCCUCCACCAGUGGAAGGAAGGUUGGUCUCUGUGAAGGUGUGAUAGAAAUAUUCUUACGCAGACUCAUUUCCAACCACCUUUACUGUUGCGCCACUUGUUAGUGUUCCCGGCAAUAGUAAUUUUUUUGCUGAAAAAUCUUGCAUGAGAGAAAAAUGGAUGGAAAGUUGGAAAUGUCCCUCGAUAAGCUACCUGUCAAGCGCUUGGAAUCCAUCGAAGAAAAUGGCUUCGAACGUUUUCCUACUGAUAUUGGAUAUGAUGAGAAGCAAGUGGCGCUAAUUCGACGAAUAGAUUUUGCUUGGGCGGUGGAGAAAGAAGACAAGGAGAAGAAACAGAAGAAAAAGCAGAAGAAGAGCUCCAGAGAGAGCUCAUCUACAACAACACCAUGGCCUUGGCAAAACAUGGUGGAGAACUUGCACUUAGCUCAUCAAGAACUCUCUGUCAUUAUUGAUCUUAUCAAUACGGUUGAAGCUAAUGAUGCUGUAACAGUAGCUGGGAUGACCAGGCCAAAGCCAUUACCCAAUGAGAUUCUGGCUGACCUUGCUGUAUCAACAGCAACCAAGCUACAGUGCUACCGGAAUCUUGGUAAAUAUUUUAAGCAGUCCGCCAAAGCUUUGGAACAGCAAGUUGCCAGGGAAGCAAGAUUUUAUGGUGCUUUAAUCAGAUUACAGCAGAACUGGAAAGUCAAACGGCAGCGCGUGGCAGCAAUUGCUCCUGGAAAUGAAGGCUUCAUGAUUGAUCUUUUUGAUAAUUCAUUAUAUGAUUCAGUUGCAGUAUUCCAGCCAUCUUCUCUGUCCACAAUUCGCAUCGAUCAUGACUCAGACGGCAUGCUAGCCAUAAAUUUACCUUCAAAAUCCUGUCAUUCUCUUGUUUUUGGUUUUCUCAGUGGGCAUUCUAAUGUUCCAAAGAAAUCCAAUAAGAUUAAAACCCAUGGCUCACUCAAGAAUCCAUCUAAAAAUCCUGAGAAAGAAUCUUUAAGUGAUAACGAAUGUGUGAAGGAUACACACUUACUGCUUCGUAAGGUUCAUCGAACCAUUUUUGAUGAACAGGUGUUUGAUAUGGUGAACCGUGGUGCAGUUAACCAAUCAUCUGGACUCAAUGUUACUGGAAUACAAGAAAAUUAUCUACAAUUGUGCAUAGGUCCUGGCAUUUCUAUAUUUAUAUCCAUUGUGCCAUCUGAUCAGGGUGAUCAAGCAAUUGAUAGUGAAGGCCCGGAGAACUUAGAAUCUGCAGUUGUACCUUUAGACUCGUUUGACGGAGUGAAGUUAGCUGAAGAAAAGCACAACAGUCUUACUAAAAAGCCUAGAUUUCCUAACUGCAUUACUUAUGAAAUAUAUCUCAAACAGAUAUUUCAUGAGUAUGUAUUUGUAGAGGCAAAGGGUAGACCUUCUUUCACUGGUACUCGCAUGCCUGGUCAACCAGCAAACGAUGGAUCUGGUCUUCUCAGUCAUUUCUGUUUGUCUCUCUCUCAUAGAAUAAUUUCGAACAAAGUUCUUAUGGAGUUGGAAAACGUGGUUUGCAGAGUGCCAUAUCUUCAUUUGAUAUCUCACCCCACUUGGCAUUCUCGGUCAUCUGCAUGGACAAUCUUUAUGAAGAUUCCUCCAUCCAUUCUCCAUGCAAGCUCUCAAACCCGGACGCCGGACAUCCAAAACAUGAAGAAUGUUGUUAAAUCAGAGUUUUGGACGAAGGUUGUGGUACAUGAUGAUUGCAUUAACAUUGAAGCAGAAGGAGCUCCUAAUGUUGUCGGACUAUUUAAAGACAGUUCUGAUGAUAAAUGUUCUACCAACAAAUAUGACUGCAACUUGGAUGAUCUUCCUGUGAUAAUCCUGCAGCAGGUUGCAAGCCAGGUUAUUCGCUGGCUUCAUGAGGAAGCACUUGCAGUGGGAAUAAAAGCAAACCGUGACUUUUUGUGUUUGUCCUUUGAGUUGGAGCAGGGUGAAAUUCUUAACCUCGUGGCACACGUGGACCCAGAAGAUACUCAAGGAUGCAUCUCCUGGUGGUUGACAAUGGAAGACGGUUUUGCAGAGGAGAAGAAACUUCAUAUGAACAUUGCGGACGGUGCAUCCGAAUACAGGAAGUUCUUGGGAUAUUUACCGUUGGAUGUGCUAUACUCAACACUGAUGGAUUUAGUUAGUUUGUGUGGUGGUGGGAGCCAUUGAGAAAGCACGUCUUUCUUGACUGGUUAAUUGAAGAGACUUUAGAGACCACACUAUUGUGCAUAAUUUUGCUGCGGAAUCUAAUUUUGGACGCAUAACCAUGAACUGGUCAUUUUGAAGUUCAUACUUCAUAGUGGUAAGUAUUAUUGUUUUUGGUGACAUAGAUAAAUCUGAAUGGUAGAGGUGGUCAUCUCCAUGGUCUGACGGAGUGAAAAUAUAACCUUCCAUGAUUCCCUGCAAGCAGCCACGAAGUCCAAUUCACGUUUGUUGCUAGAUUUCGUAGAAUAAUCAUAUCAACCUGUCUUUGCCCUGUAUAAUUUGAGCUUACAAGUUUCUGGAAAGAUUUUAGCUUACCAGUUC